AUUAAAUAAAAAUACAUUUACACAACCAAAACAAAUUGAAGAAAAAGAAGAAGAAAACAAUUACAUUGGCUGGGCUUCUUAUCUUCUUUAUAAUACAAUUUUUAAUAAUUGUAAAAUCUUUUUAACAUUUCCACUCAAAGAUCGAAAAUUAUGGAUUUCAUCAAGGUUUUUGACCAAACUGUCCGCGAAAUAAAGAGAGAGGUUAAUCUUAAGGUCUUGAAGGUUCCUGAGAUCGAACAGAAGGUCUUAGAUGCAACUGAUGAUGCUCCUUGGGGUCCUCAUGGUACUGCUUGUGCUGAAAUUGCGCAGGCUACUAAAAAAUUCACUGAAUGCCAGAUAGUUAUGAAUGUUCUAUGGACAAGAUUGGGAGAGACGGGCAAGGAUUGGCGUCUUGUUUACAAGGCUUUGACUGUCAUAGAAUAUUUGGUGGCACAUGGAUCUGAACGUGCAGUUGACGACAUAAUAGAACAUACUUUCCAGUUAUCAUCACUUACAAGUUUUGAAUAUGUUGAGCCAAGCGGAAAGGACGUUGGACUUAAUGUGAGGAAGAAAGCAGAAAAUAUUGUUGCACUCUUGAAUAAUAAAGAUAAAAUACAAGAAACCAGAAAUAAAGCUGCUGCUAAUCGUGAUAAGUAUGUUGGUGUUUCAUCUUCUGGAAUAACUCAUAAAUCAGGUUCAGCCUCAUAUAGCAGUGGCAGCUUCCAAAGUAGCAGCCGUUAUGGAGGCUUUGGUGGUACAAGGGAUAGUGAUUAUUCUAGGGAAAGUUAUAAAGACAAGGAUCACUACGGGCAGGAAAGGACUGAAAGGGAUGCAUAUGGAAAAUCACAUCAAGGGGGUACUGGUGAUGAUGGGUACAUCAAGAAGGGUUCUAUACGUGCCGGAAGCAGCAGCAAUCAGAAUACUACUUCAAAGUCAUCAUCCAAGAUAAAAGAUCCUUACAUGAAAACUUCAGUUCCUUUUCAAGGCUCAAGUGCCCCAACAAGCAAUUAUGGUGAUGAUUUUGAUGAUGAUGAUUUCGAUCCAAGGGGAACUUCCAGCUCCAAGUCGUCUGCCCAACCGUCUAACCAAGUUGAUCUUUUUGGACAAAGUUUAAUUGGGGACUUCAUGGAUGUACCGUCAUCUGCUCCCCAAGAAACAUCAGCCAUGAAUGGAAACUCUUCAGAGGUUGAUUUGUUUGCUGAUGCAACCUUUGUAUCAGCACCAUCCCAGGCUGAAAAGGCAGCGAGUCCUCAGUUUCAGACUCCAGUUGAUUUGUUUGCUUCCCUACCAGCUGUCUCUCCAACUAUUGAUUUAUUUCCUACUCCUGAUCCAAUUGUGCAACAAGAGACCAAGGCUCAAACGUCUAACUCAACAAGCAAUAACUUUGUUGACCCUUUUGCUUCAGUUCCAUUGAACAAUUUCGAUGGAUCUGAUCUUUUUAGUGCAUUCUCUUCUAGUUCCAAUUCAGCUUCUGCAGAACCCACACAAAUUUCUAUAAAUGACGAAAGCCUUAACAAUUCUUAUGUGAAUGCUUCAGAAGUGAGGUCUCCAGCAAAGAAGGAUUCAUUCCAGGUGAAGUCUGGAAUAUGGGCAGAUUCGCUAAGCCGUGGGCUGAUUGAUCUUAACAUAUCUGCUCCUAAGAAGGUUUCACUAGUAGAUGUUGGUGUGGUGGGUGAUCUGACUGUUGGACACGAUGAGAAGGAGAAGGGACCUUCAACUGCAUUUUACAUGGGAAGAGCCAUGGGAACAGGGUCUGGUCUUGGAAGAUCACAACCACGGCCAACACAGUCACAGCCAAUUAGCGAUGAUGACUUCUUCUCGAGUCUGGGGAGCCAACAAAAUCAAUUUGGUAGUUUUCAGAAGUGAAAUUUGCUAUUCAUGUGGGAUUUUGCUCCUAGUUAAUAUUCUUUGCCCCAUUUGGCUAAAAGACAAUUCAAAGCAUUGAGCAUAUUAGUAUUCUAAAUCUUGUUCAUACAUGAAAAACAACAUUGUGAUACUGUGAGUGGAGUUUCUUGCUUAGGUUAUGCUUCAAUUAUUUGCAAGAUGGUGCCUCUGUAAAGUUUACUAUAGUUCUGGCGAUCUGGCUGUUUGUUGCGGACCUUGCGGCUUAUUGUAAUUUUGUUUCUUUUCA